GCACUAGCAGCAGCAGCAGCAGCACACCUAGCAGCAUAUUUGAUAUUUGUUUGUGCGUACUAAGCUGCUUGGCCAGAAGGUCAAGUUUUUGCUGGUUAUUCUCGCUGGCCGAAAAAUCAAUUUAGUUCUUGUAAAAAAUGCCACAAGCUUUAGUUUCUCGUAAAUAAACCAACCGUUAAUAUUUUCGCCUCACAAAAUCAAUACAGCAACGGAUAUUUGUUAUUUGGCAACAGACUCGGCCACAACAUAGAGCUAAGCAAUUUCAGAAUUUUGGAAAAUAACAACAGAAAACACACACACAAAUUUAAAUGACAAAAUGUCAUCGCCUUCAUCAUCGUCAACAACAACUCAGCAAAAACAACAACAACAAACAUAUGGCCUAACAGCGAAUGAUAUUGCAUCCGAAUAUCGGCCCUAUAGCGGAUCAGCCGGCAUUAUGCCAAUGGCCAACGAACGUCAACAGCAAGAGCAACGCGAGAUGCUGGAACGCGAAGAUACUUUGGAAUACUUCAUCAAAUUUCCAAAACCCACAGCGGACAAUGAUUUCGUACUGGUCACCGGCAACGAUGAGCAGAACAAUGUCCCGAUUGUGAUGCUACUGGGCUGGGCGGGCUGUCAGGACCGUUAUCUAAUGAAGUACUCGAAGAUCUACGAGGAUCGGGGUCUCAUUACGGUCCGCUAUACGGCGCCGGUAGACACGCUGUUUUGGAAGCGCAGCGAGAUGGUGCCGAUUGGUGAAAAGAUCCUGAAGCUCAUACAGGACAUGAAUUUCGAUGCACAUCCCUUAAUAUUUCACAUCUUUUCGAACGGUGGUGCCUAUCUUUAUCAGCACAUCAAUUUGGCCGUGCGCAAGCACAAAUCCCCAUUGCAAGUGCGCGGCGUCAUCUUUGAUUCGGCGCCAGGUGAGAGACGUAUGCUCGGUUUAUACCGUGCCAUCAAUGCAAUUUAUGGCAAGGAGAAACGCUGCAAUUGCGUCACGGCAUUGAUCAUUACGUUGACCCUGAGCAUUAUGUGGUUUGUUGAGGAAACGUUUGUGGCUUUUAAGAGUUUGUUUGUCCCUUCAACGCCUGUCCAUGCGAGCCCGUUCAGUGAGCUCAAGAACGAGACGAACAAAUAUCCUCAAUUGUUUUUGUAUUCGAAAAGUGAUGUUGUCAUACCAUAUCGAGACGUUGAGAAAUUUAUACGAAUACGACGCGAUCAGGGCAUCAAUGUGUCAUCCGUGUGCUUUGAGGAUGCGGAACAUGUUAAAAUCUUUACCAAAUACCCAACACAAUAUGUGCAGAGUGUGUGUAGUUUUAUCAAGAACUGUAUGGCUAAUACUCGAACGUCCUAUCAACUAACUGGCGAUGUCAUCGAUGCACAAACCAUGGCACAGCAACAACAUCAGCAGCAUCAGCAUCAGUCAAAUUUGAAAUACGAUUAGAAAAAAUGCAAAAAUUUGAAAAUUUUAUUAUUUGCAAAUUCUAGGACCGCGCGCAAAGGAUAACAACGCAUCAAGCACGUAUGUGAUAGGCAGCACAACUAUUAUAGACAAAACUUACUACUACAGUCGACUCUCGUUAUUUCGAAAUUCAAGGGAAAUAUGAGUACGAAUUACCGCGUCUUAGCAAUGAUUUUUAGUUCGAAUUACUGAGUGAUAACUUUGAAUUAAUGAUACAAACACAAUACAGUCGACUCUUGUUAUUUCAAACCUGCGUUAUUUCGAACCUCUCAUUAAUUCAAAGGUAUCACUCAGUAAUUCGAACUAAAAAUCAUUGCUAAGACUUGAUUGGCAACAACAUUGCAAAAAUUUUAAACGUAACUAUUGAAAACAAAACCAAAAAAAAAAAAAAAAAAGAAAUAUGAACAAAUUUAAUGCAGUUGACCGCUUGGCGCCCGCUGCCGCUUUAAUGUAGAAACGAAUUUAACAGUUACUCGAAUCUAAAAAAAAAGUGUACAUUCUUAUAUUUUCCCCCCUCCUUGACAAAGUGCACAAAACAAGCGCAAAUAAAAUAAUUUAUCAUAAUUUUUAA